CUUCAACCGGCGUCACUUUGUAUUCGCGAUUUGUUGUCGAUCAACCAAACUGAGAACUGUUCUAUUUAUUUUUAUUCUAAUCCACGAAGAUAUGUGACCUACUGAAGAAAAAGUGCGAGUGAGUUUUUAAGUGAUCAGUUUCCUCAAAGCCUCUAGGCGCUGUAUACACGUAUGCAAAUGGAUUUUUGCUCCGAGCGGAGAACGAUCGAUGAAUAGCUGGAUUUGCAAUUCAAAAAGAAGAAAGUCAUAUCAGAUCACAUAAUAGCUGACCAAAUCUUUUUUUUUUUUUUUCCAAAUACUAUUAUAAUCAUUGAUCGUCGAUGAAAAAUAAAAUAAAUUCAUAAAACGAAUAAAUUUAUCUGAUAAAUUUUUGGACUCUCUACGUGACGACAUCCAUGAUUCCCAGUGAAAGCGAACAUCAAUCCGUUAAAUAGGACAUCGACAAGAAGUUUUCAAAUCAACUCUACAACGUUCUCCGUUUCGAGAAUGAUCUUACGAGUCGAAUGAACGACGCGCUUCACAGUCCGGAUUUAAUUCCUAACGAAAAAUGUCCUUCGGUUUGGCUACACUUGCCGGAUCAACGUCUCUUUUGGGAUUGAGCGUCGUUCCUCUCAUCGCAGUCGGGCUAGGCAUUUUUCGAUACAACAAUGUCGACCCGGAAGGACACCCAACGAGCGCGAGACAGCUGCGGCCCAUGUACGAUUUCAUUGUGAUCGGUGGUGGGAGUGCCGGUGCCGUGGUUGCUUCCAGAUUAUCUGAAGUUUCAAACUGGAAUAUCUUACUUUUGGAGGCUGGAGGUGACGAAAAUGAGAUUUCGGAUAUCCCAGCGCUGGCUGGGUACACGCAACUUUCCGAAUUUGACUGGAAAUAUCAAACAUCACCCCCGGGAUCGUCGCCGUAUUGCUUAGCAAUGACCGGAGAUCGUUGCAAUUGGCCUCGGGGGAAAGUUCUUGGGGGUAGCAGCGUGUUGAACGCCAUGCUCUACGUACGGGGCAACAGACUGGACUACGACGGUUGGGCCAGCCUUGGAAACGUAGGAUGGAGUUACGACGAGGUACUUCCGUACUUCAUAAAAUCGGAGGACAAUCGUAAUCCCUAUUUGGCGAGGACACCUUAUCAUGGUACGGGCGGUUACCUGACGGUUCAAGAAUCACCGUGGAGGACACCGUUGUCGGUGGCAUUUGUCAAGGCGGGAAUGGAAUUGGGAUACGAGAAUCGUGACAUCAAUGGGGCGAACCAAACGGGAUUCAUGUUGUCACAAGGUACGUUGAGGAGGGGCAGCCGAUGUUCAACGGCGAAAGCGUUCCUUCGGCCGGUAAGAAAUCGUAGAAAUCUCCACAUUGCUAUGAACGCGCACGCCACACGGAUAAUAUUCAACAAGAACAAGCGAGCGAUCGGCGUAGAGUACAUCCGAGAUGGUACGAAGAAGGUGAUCAGAGUACGUCGAGAGAUAAUAAGUUCUUCGGGCGCGAUCGGUUCGCCUCAACUUCUGAUGGUUUCCGGAAUCGGCCCGAAAGAACAUCUCGAGCAAAUGGGAAUACCGGUAUUAUCGAAUCUCCGAGUUGGCGAUAAUCUCCAAGACCACGUCGGACUCGGAGGUCUGACUUUCAUAGUGAACGAACCGGUGACUUUGAAAAAGGAUCGUUUCCAAACCCUUCCAGUCGCCAUGGACUAUAUAAUCAACGAAAGGGGUCCCAUGACCACAUUGGGAGUCGAAGGUCUCGCUUUUGUGAAUUCAAAAUACGCGGACAAGUCCGCCAACUAUCCGGACGUGCAAUUCCACUUCGCUCCGAGUUCCAUUAAUUCCGAUGGUGGUGACCAAAUUCGGAAAAUCUUAGGACUGAGGGACAGUGUUUAUAACACAGUUUACAAACCCCUGGUUUCAUCCGAAACAUGGACUAUCCUACCGCUUUUGCUCAGGCCGAAAAGCUCCGGAUGGAUACGCCUGAAGAGCAAAGACCCUCUGGUAUAUCCCGACAUAAAUCCGAACUAUUUCACGCAUAAAGAGGACAUCGACGUACUAGUCGAAGCGAUUCGUAUCGCCAUGGAAAUUUCUAACACGACAACAUUCCAGAGAUUCGGUUCUCGUCCUCACACAAUACCGAUACCUGGCUGCCAGCGUUAUCCUUUCGAUUCUUACGAAUACUGGGAAUGUUCUAUAAGACAUUUUACGUUCACCAUUUACCAUCCGACCAGUACUUGCAAAAUGGGACCCGCCGGAGAUCCGACGGCAGUAGUUGACCCCAGAUUAAGGGUGUACGGCGUCCAGGGACUCCGGGUAGUCGACGGUUCGAUAAUGCCGGCUAUCGUUAGCGGAAACCCCAACGCUCCGAUAAUCAUGAUCGGAGAGAAGGCUAGUGACAUGAUCAAGGAAGACUGGAAAAUCAAGAAGAGAAAUACAGGGAGGUAACGGGACGAGAUUUUUCAAUCGUGUCUGACAUUGCGCAAACCUGUCACCCGAAACCAAAAAACAUUUCAGGUCGAUCGAAGCUACUUUCAAAGUAUUCUUAUCAUUUUGUAAAUACAUUGUCAAAAAAUGCGUAGGUAUAGGACUGAUGUUGUAGAAGCGGCACAUCUGCGAAGUUUUAAAACCGCUCAACGAAUCGAUAAUUUCUUCAAGAACUCAUCGAAACUUAAUCAAAAAAAAGUAAUUUUCAAAUCGAAAAAGAUGCGACUAUAGGUAUAAUGUUUGUGUAGUAAUUUACGUACGCUGCGCAUGAUUUUCGUAGUUCUUUUUCCCCCUAUCUGUAAUUAAAACUUUAUACCUUGUAGAGUUUCAGGAGAGAUUUAUAAUUUAAUCCAUAGUAAACGGUAUUCGCAUGUAAUACCAUGUAAUUUUAGUUUAUAAUUUAGACGUGCCAUUUAUUGUGUAAUUCCUGUUGUCAAACUAUAAAAUAAGGAAAUAAAAAAUAGAUCAAUAUAGAACAAAAAGAGGAGGUACACAUAAUGUACAUAAAAAUGCAUACUAUUGAAUAAUAUGUAUUAUUAGAAACAUUGAUAGCGUCAAGCUCUACUACUGUAAAUACUCUGUACAUGACAUCUAGGUGUAUGAUAAGGAAAAAAUACAAUGUUAUAUUGUUGUGAACAAA